AUGAAUUUUACAUUUAAUACUAAAAAAACAAUAACUAAUAAUAGGGUAACAUUACCAUAUAGAAAAGGAAAUGCAACUGGUGGUUUGAGAGAUGUAUCACGUAUAAAUACAAAUGAUUCUAAUUAUGUACCAACAGGAGAUGGUGACUGUUUAACAAAAGAAUUCUCCAAAAUAUCUAUUCAACCUUCUGUGGAUGGUCGUGAAGAGGUUGUAGGUUUUUCGGAAUUAAAGGAACAACCAAAAUUUAUGUUUGAUGAUUUUAAAAAAUUACAAAUAAUUGAUACAAAUGAUAUAGACAAAGAAAUUGAUUUAAUUGAAGUUCCAUGUUCUUUAAAAGAGGACAGAUGUGAGAAACGUAAGGAUGAUAAUGGUAAUAAUGCCCGUGCAAUAGAUAAUUUUUAUAAUCUUCUUUAUGAAAAUCUUUCCUAUGUCAUUAAUGAAUAUAAGGAUAGUAAGGAAUCUGAAAAAUAUGCAUAUGAAUCAUUGGAUACUUUUGAUUGUGAUAGUGGUCGUGGAAGUUCAUUAGAAAUACCAAAGUAUGAAUUUGAACACAUAUUGGAGGAGAAUGGAAAUAUAUGUGAUUUUGAGAUUGAGCUUUAA